AGAUCUGUCUGGUAGCUGCCGAUUUAUCGCUGAACCCCUUCUGUCUGAGCCGGAAGUCCCAGUUGUGAGACUAAAAGCUACCCCGUUUCAGUGCAGAAUUUAAAGCCAUGAGACGCUCUGGACUCUUCAUCCGAGCAACAGAGGAGGAGAACCGAUGGAUAGAGAGAAAGACAGAGAGACAGACAGCUGCUGCUCUGAGCGGACAGGAAGUGAGGGACUUUUAUCAGAGUCUGUGGAAGGAGGAGAGGAAGGAGGAGAGGAAGGAGGAGAGGAGAGAGAGACACCGAGCAGGUCGGAGUCAUAGAAAAGAAGGGGUGAAGAAUAGAGGAGGUGAGGUAGGGAACUCGAGCUCGGCGCCCUCUGCAGGCCAUACUGAAGGUUACAGGCUGCUGCGGUGUGCAGAGCAAGGCGACGUACGGGGUGUGGAGGACCUCCUGAGACGAGGCUGUGAUGUAAACUUCAGAGACCAGUUUAACUGGACCGCACUGAUGAGCGCCUCCUUCUCUGGGAGAACAGACACGGUCCGAGUCCUGCUCCAAAAGGGGGCGCUGUGGACACUGAUCACUGACACAAAGGGGAGAGAUGCUUGUGAUCUGGCUCGUCUUGCUGGUCAUCAUGAUGUCGUCAGCAUCCUGCAGCAGUUCAGCAUCGCACACAAAUCCAACACCUCACACACUCCUGCUGACCAAACACAAAGCGCCGCUCCCAGUCAGUGGUGCGAGGUGUGUGAGGUGUGUUACACAGAGAGCACAGACACACACACCUCGUCCACGCUGCACCAGUUCAACCUGAAGCGUCCUCCGUCGCUCCCUAACUACUGUCUCGCUCCCUCCAGUGUGGGCUACAAGGUGAUGCUGCGUUUGGGAUGGGACCCUCACUCCGGCCUCGGGCCAGAACACUCGGGACGCCGCGUCCCUGUUAGCACCGUGCUCAAAUUAGACACCAACGGCCUUGGGUUCGGGCCCAAGCCCAGGUCAAAGGUCACGCACUUCAAGGCCAAUGACGUGCAGGCGGUGGACAGGGCACGUAAAAGACGAGAGGAGAGAUGGAAACGAGCGACGACGAUCAGCGCUAAGGAUAGAAAGAGGACAGAGGAGAGACAGAGACAGUGGGAGAGAGAUUUCCGCACCUCGUUCAACAUCGACCUCUGAUGCUGAUCUUCAUGCAUCAUCCUCUAUUGGUGUGAAAAAGGACAAACUGUUUAAUUUAUAAUAUUUUAUUAAGUUACAUAUGAAUAAAGUCUCUCUACCUCA